CGCCUGCAGGUAGCGAUUCAGGCUGUUCUUUGUGAGAGCCCAGCUCUCGGGCUCCUGCAAGGGCUGCAGCUGUUGGAUCGAGACGUUGUUGCCCGGGCCUUCCAGAACGUGCGUCAGGACUCCCCCCAGCGUCGCGUUGCCCCGGUGCCACACUUGAGAGGGGUUGCGGAAGUAGGAGACCUGGAUCAUGUGGAGAUUUGGAAACUGAAUCCCCAAAAGGGAAAGUGACUUGCCCAAGAUCACACAGAGGCAAUGACUAAACCAGUAAUAGAACGAAGGACUUCUGACCACGAGUCCACGGCUUGCUCCACUCGACACAGAGUUCAAGAAUACUGACCUGGGGUAUUAAUACACUCUGUCCAUCCUCCAAACACGCACAGGAAAACUUGAACACUCUGUGAUUCCAGAUGAGUAAAAUGAGGCUCAGAAGAAAAGCUGGUGGGGCCACACUCCUAACAGGUGAUGGAGCUAGUAUUCCAACUCAGGUCUGCUCAAAUCUAAAGCCCACACUUUUAACUUCUGUACUGUACUACCUCAAGAUCUCUGGGGCGCAGUGCUCCGAAUUCCCGGAAGAACCAGCAGAGAAUCGCAGGAUGUGCGGGUGGCUGCGGCUGCUGCUGCAGCGGCGGCGCUGACAGGGCACGCGCUCUAUGCCUUUCCGGCUGCUCGUCCCGUUUGGCCUCCUGUGUGCGCUGCUGCCCCUGCACCAUGGUGCGCCCGGCCCGGAUGGCACCGCGCCCGACCCCGCCCACUACAGGGAGCGAGUCAAGGCCAUGUUCUACCACGCCUACGACAGCUACCUGGAGAAUGCCUUUCCCUACGACGAGCUGCGACCUCUCACCUGUGACGGGCACGACACCUGGGGCAGUUUUUCUCUGACUCUUAUUGAUGCUCUGGACACCUUGUUGAUUUUAGGGAAUGUCUCAGAAUUCCAAAGAGUGGUUGAAGUGCUCCAGGACAACGUGGACUUUGAUAUUGAUGUGAACGCCUCUGUGUUUGAAACCAACAUCCGAGUGGUAGGAGGACUUCUGUCUGCUCACCUGCUAUCAAAGAGGGCUGGGGUAGAAGUGGAGGCUGGAUGGCCCUGCUCGGGACCUCUCCUGAGGAUGGCUGAGGAGGCAGCCCGGAAACUCCUCCCAGCCUUUCAGACCCCCACUGGCAUGCCGUAUGGAACGGUGAACCUGCUUCACGGCGUGAACCCGGGAGAGACUCCUGUCACCUGCACAGCAGGGAUCGGGACCUUCAUCGUGGAAUUUGCCACCCUGAGCAGCCUCACCGGUGACCCUGUGUUCGAAGACGUGGCCAGAGUGGCCCUGAUGCGCCUCUGGGAGAGCCGGUCAGAUAUUGGGCUGGUCGGCAACCACAUCGACGUGCUCACUGGCAAGUGGGUGGCCCAGGACGCAGGCAUCGGGGCUGGCGUGGACUCCUACUUUGAGUACCUGGUAAAAGGAGCCAUCCUGCUUCAGGAUAAGAAGCUCAUGGCCAUGUUCCUAGAAUAUAACAAAGCCAUUCGGAAUUACACCCGCUUCGAUGACUGGUACCUGUGGGUGCAGAUGUACAAGGGGACUGUGUCCAUGCCAGUCUUCCAGUCUCUGGAGGCCUACUGGCCUGGUCUUCAGACCCUCAUUGGGGACAUUGACAAUGCCAUGAGGACCUUCCUCAACUACUACACCGUCUGGAAGCAGUUUGGGGGGCUCCCGGAAUUCUACAACAUUCCUCAGGGAUAUACAGUGGAGAAGCGAGAGGGUUACCCGCUUCGACCAGAACUCAUUGAGAGCGCCAUGUACCUCUACCGUGCCACGGGGGACCCCACCCUCUUAGAACUCGGAAGAGAUGCCGUGGAAUCCAUCGAAAAAAUCAGCAAGGUGGAAUGUGGAUUUGCCACAACCCUGGACCCUGGAAGGCACAAACCAGGCUUAUCUUAUUCACAGAUAUAUCUCCAGUUCCUAGGACAGUGCCUGCACAUAUUCACUGAAACUUUUUUGACGGAGAGGGACAAACAGUCCAAAUGGAGUGGAAUUCCUCAGCUGCUCCUUAAGCUGUAUGCAACUAGCCACCUCCACAGUGACUUCAUUGAGUGCCAGAACAUCCUCAAGGAAAUUUCUCCUCUUCUCUCCAUGGAGGCUAUGGCAUUUGUUACUGAAGAGAGGAAACUUACCCAAGAAACCACUUAUCCAAAUACUUAUAUUUUUGAUUUGUUUGGAGGUGUUGAUCUCCUUGUAGAAAUUCUUAUGAGGCCUACAAUCUCUAUUCGGGGACAGAAACUGAAAAUAAGUGAUGAAAUGUCCAAGGACUGUUUGAGCAUCUUGUAUAAUACCUGUGUCUGUACGGAAGGGGUUACAAAGCGUUUGGCAGAAAAGAAUGACUUUGUGAUCUUCCUGUUUACACUGAUGACGAGUAAGAAGACAUUCUUACAAACAGCAACCCUCAUUGAAGAUAUUUUGGGUGUUAAAAAGGAAAUGAUCCGACUAGAUGAAGUCCCCAAUCUGAGUUCCUUAGUAUCCAAUUUCGAUCAGCAGCAGCUUGCUAAUUUCUGCCGGAUUCUGGCUGUCACCAUUUCAGAGAUGGAUACAGGGAAUGAUGACAAGCAUACGCUUCUGGCCAAAAAUGCUCAGCAGAAGAAGAGCUUGAGCUUGGGGCCUUCUGCAGCUGAAAUCAACCAAGCGGCACUUCUCAGCAUCCCUGGCUUUGUCGAGCGGCUUUGCAAGCUGGCAACUCGAAAGGUGUCAGAGUCAACGGGCACAGCCAGCUUCCUUCAGGAGUUGGAGGAGUGGUACACCUGGCUAGACAAUGCUUUGGUGCUAGAUGCCCUGAUGCGAGUGGCUAAUGAAGAAUCUGAGCACAAUCAAGCCUCCAUUGUGUUCCCUCCUCCAGGGGCUUCGGAGGAAAAUGGCCUGCCUCACACUUCAGCUAGGACCCAGCUGCCUCAGUCAAUGAAGAUCAUGCAUGAGAUCAUGUACAAACUGGAAGUGCUCUAUGUCCUCUGCGUGUUGCUGAUGGGGCGCCAGCGAAACCAGGUUCACAGAAUGAUUGCGGAGUUCAAGCUGAUCCCCGGGCUGAAUAAUUUGUUUGACAAACUGAUUUGGAGGAAGCAUUCAGCAUCUGCCCUUGUCCUCCACGGUCACAACCAGAACUGUGACUGUAGCCCGGACAUCACCUUGAAGAUUCAGUUUUUGAGGCUCCUCCAGAGUUUCAGCGACCACCAUGAGAACAAGUAUCUACUGCUCAACAACCAAGAGCUGAAUGAACUCAGUGCCAUCUCUCUCAAAGCCAACAUCCCCGAGGUGGAAGCCGUCCUCAACACUGACAGGAGUUUGGUGUGUGAUGGGAAGAGGGGCUUAUUAACUCGUCUGCUGCAGGUUAUGAAGAAGGAGCCAGCUGAGUCAUCUUUCAGGUUUUGGCAAGCCCGGGCUGUGGAGAGUUUCCUCCGAGGGACCACCUCCUAUGCAGACCAGAUGUUCCUGCUGAAGCGAGGCCUUCUGGAGCAUAUCCUCUACUGCAUUGUGGACAGUGAGUGCAAGUCGCGGGAUGUGCUCCAAAGUUACUUUGACCUCCUGGGGGAGCUGAUGAAGUUUAAUGUUGAUGCAUUCAAGAGAUUCAAUAAAUACAUCAACACGGAUGCAAAGUUCCAGGUGUUCCUGAAGCAGAUCAACAGCUCGCUGGUGGACUCCAACAUGCUGGUGCGCUGCGUCACUCUGUCACUGGACCGAUUCGAAAACCAGGUGGACAUGAAAGUCGCAGAGGUCCUGUCCGAGUGCCGCCUGCUUGCCUACAUAUCCCAGGUGCCCACACAGAUGUCCUUCCUCUUCCGCCUCAUCAAUAUCAUCCAUGUGCAGACGCUGACCCAGAUAACUGUGCAGCUGACCCUUUUCCGAGCUUCACACCCCUCUUUUCUAAAAUGGGGGUAAUACUCAGAGGUUGUUCUUACGUUCCUUCAUCUAACGUUUACUGAGGCGAGGCUCUGGGCUGGUGAUGCACAGUGAACGAAACAGUCCGAGACACUUCAGGAAGCUGCCUGUCUAGUGCUGAGUGAAGCGGAGUGAGGCACCUGCAUCUGAUGCGUGCACCCCGCCGCCCCAGGGAUCGAAGCUCCUGGGAAGAAGCGAUGCCUGAGCUGAUUCUGGAGGAAGAGUGGACUCUAUCCAGACUGAUGAUGCCGUUCCCACCGGGAACAUCCCAGGGUGGGGGUGGGGUGGUGGGGUGAGGGACCAGGAAGGCACUUGGGCCAGGAUGCCGGCAUCGUUCCUCUCCCCAGUCCUCUUGUCAGCUUUCUGCAGGGGCAGCGCAGUGCGUGGCCCCUGGACUCUGCCAGGGACGCCGUCCUCCCUGCCCAGUGGCACCCCCAGUCCACUGGGGCCCCUGGGGCUGCCGGCACGUGCAUGACCUGGAUG